CCUCAUCCAAGAACCGCGCUAACAGACGAGUAGCGGACGGUACAGGAGGACGCGCUGCGGGUGCACGGGCCAUCUCGCCAGCAGAUACUACAAAAUUGUUUGGUUCCUUCCUUUUCCCUUCUUCCACAUCACAACCAAAUCACAUCAUAUUUCUUGUACAUUCUUUUCGCUGCUCGGAAGCAUCUUCUGCUGCUUUUCACCCCUUUCCUUGGAUCCCCUCUCGGUAAAAUUAUUUGGCGGUCUAACUCAGGGCAACUGACGCCGAAGUGAACGCGCGACGCCGAUUGCGGACGGAAGAGCGCAGACAACGGCGACGGCGACGACGGGAUGGACGGAAGUAUUCAGCCGACCGAGCCGGCUCGCAAAUCCACCGGCGAUGGCGAUAUCGAACUGGCCGUUCGCCUUCCAGCCCAAAACAAUGUGCCAAAUACCAUCCCCGUCAUAGAGCCUACCACUCAACCGCCGCAUCACGCCAAUCCGAACAACGCCGGCACCGCCGACACUGCUGCUGGCGACAAUGAUACCCUCUCAAGAACUCCCAUCCCCAUCGGCAUCUCCCGCUCCCUAACCCUCCGCCUCUACACCUCCCACUUCCUCUCCACCUGGAACUCCCGCCUCUUCGAAGCCGGCGUCGUCUACAUCCUCGCCUCCAUCUUCCCCGACAACCUCCUCCCCGUCUCCCUCUACGCCCUCUCGCGCAACCUCGCUGCCAUCCUCUUCGCCGUUCCCGUCGGCCACUGGAUCGACACCGCUCACCGCUUGACCGUCGUCCGCGCCUCCAUCGUGGGGCAACGCCUCGCUGUUGCUGCUUCGUGCGGGCUGUUUUGGGCGUUACUGGGGUUGCGGCUGGGAUGGAGGCAGUCGGCGCUGGUUGAUGGCUUGUUUGGAGCUAGUGUGUUGCUGGCGUGCGUGGAGAAGCUGGCGGCGGGCGUGAAUCUUAUUGCUGUGGAGAGGGAUUGGGUGGUAGUGAUUACGCAGGGGAAUGAGGAUGCGAGAAGGAAGAUGAAUGCGCGUAUGCGGAGGAUUGAUUUGUUUUGCAAGCUGCUGGGGCCGUUGACUGUUGCGCUGAUUGCGGCGGCGUCGGUGAAGGCGGCUGUGUACGCGACGCUGGGGAUGAAUCUGGCGUCGGUGAUGGUGGAGUAUCUUUGCAUUGAGACGGUGUUUCGGAGGGUGCCGGGCCUCGGACGUCCUGCUCCUCCCGGUGAAUCAGCUGGUCAGUCGUUGGACCCGCUCUCGAUGGUCGAUGCCGAUGCUGGCAGCAGCACCCAUUUCCAGCUCCGCAAGUGGCUCCGGGGCAUAUCAUGGCGCAAGCUGCUCAUGAUUCCCUCUCUGCAUCUCUACUUUGGCCAUCCCGCCGUCAUCCCCUCGCUCUCGCUCUCGCUGUUGUACCUCACCGUACUCUCCUUCUCUGGCCAAAUGCUGACCUACCUGCUCGCCUCCAACCUUAACCUAUGGCAAGUGGGCAUCAUCCGCGGCAUCUCGACAAUCUUCGAGCUCAGCGCCACCUGGAUCGCGCCCCGUCUAAUGAAGCGCAUCGGCGUCCUCCGCACCGGCUUGUGGUCCAUCACCUGGCAGAUGACCUGGCUAGCCGGCGGCGUCUCUUGUUUCUUUUACUACUACGGGAAGGGCUAUGAGGCAACUAGCCUUAUGUCCGCUGUUGGCCUCGUUGUUGCCGUGGCUUUCAGCCGUGUUGGUCUUUGGGGGUUUGACCUCUCAGUGCAAAACAUUGUUCAAGAUGAAGUGGAAGAUGAUCGCAGAGGGAUAUUCUCAUCGGUAGAGGCCUCGUUCCAGAAUAUGUUCGACAUGUUAGCGUGGGCUCUUACCAUCAUCUGGCCAAACCCAAACUCGUUCCAGUGGCCAAUUGUCAUCAGUGUCGCGGCAGUCUAUGCGGCUGGCGGACUCUUCGCCCACUUUCUACGCCGUCGUAGAGGCCAUCUUCUGCAUCCACCGGCAUGUAUCAAAACCAAGCGUCGAAGGGACAACUCAAACUCGUUCGGUGUGGGCUGGAAUCGCCGAACAAGACGCAGUACCAGCGACUCCAUUAUCCUAUGAUAAACCCCCGGUUGGUUGAGCUGUUGUUUAUUUCUCUUAGAAUCGAGUUUCUGUCACAUGGUAGAAGACCGCAAGGCUGCGACCGCAAACGUCGAAAUAUUGUCUACUUCCUCAAGCCAAGGUCACACAACGUGGAAGUGCACCUUCAACCCCGCUUUCCAGACCAAUUGUUACCAGCCUUCUGAC